CUCAGUGCGCCUUCGCAAUGGCCAGAGAAACCUGCGCUCGAGCCAGCCUGUGCCUCGAGGACCCGUCUGCCUGCGAGGAGGCGCUCGACGCGGGCGGGGUGAUCCUCGUGCUGCUGAUGCUUCUCUUGCCGAUUGCCGUCGCUUGCGGCUCUCCCUGCUUUGAAGACCGGCUGAGGCGGCUCCUCCGCCUGAUGCUCCACCGGUUCGGGCGGUGCAACGGCGGCGCGGAGAACACCGCCGCGGACGACGACGGUCACGGCGGCCGCGGGCCGCGUCGCGCGCUGGCCGGCCGCUGCCUCGCGUCGGGCGCGCUCGUGCCGCUCCUCACUGUCAUCUUGGCAGUCGUGCCGACCGUGCUGAUGCUGCUCGCCGCCCCCGCGCCGUGCGCAACGGGUCUCGGCGGCUGCGGCUCCAUCUCGUGCGUGUGCGGCUCCUACUACUCGCAGGGCUACGUCUUCAUGUUUUCGACGCUCCUGCUCCUCGCGUACUCGCUGCUCUGUGAGGUGGCGCGCAUCGACGGCUCCACGAUGCGCGGCCGCCGUCUCCGGCUGGCGAUGGCCGCGGGAAGCCUCGGCACCCUCCUGACCGCCGUCUUCCCUGAACACCUCGAGCGAGGCGACGGCAACUACGCCGCCGCCUUCACCGCCGCAUACACACUGCACCAGCUCGGGCUCGGCGCUGCCUGCCUCCUCUCCGUCGCUGCGCCCGCCGUCGCGCUGUGGGCAGAGGCGCGACGGCCGACCGGCAGCGGUGGACGCGCCCUCCUGCCGUCUCCGCUGGAGACGCGAGGGCGCACCCUCCACCUCACCGCCGCAGCCGUCGCCUCGGCCGCCUUCUUGCUCCUCCGAGGCACCGCCGACGUGUCUGACUAUUGCGCUCCGCUCACCCGCCCGGCAGAGUGCGACGCAUGGCCCUCCCUCCCUCCGCACGCGUGCCGCCACGUCUCCCGCCCUCGCCACUACACCUGCGCCUUCUCCAACUCCUCCCUCUCGGCCGAUGACCUGCUGCUGAUGCCGCCGGGGUACGUGGCGAAGCACGCCGGCGAGUGCCGUAAGGCGCGCUGCACGCUCUUCCGCAACGUGCGCUCGAUCGCGGCGGAGUUCGCCGCGCUGCUCCUCCUGUGCACCUACGUGGUGAGCCACGGCCUGCCCGACGCGCAGCGCAUCGCUGCCGCGGCGGCUGCGGCGGACAGGGCGGACGGAGGAGGCGGUGCCUCGGUGUGCGGCGCGGAGCGGGAGGGGACGACACGGCCACUGGUGAUGGCCACGGAGAAUGGCGUGUGCCGGGGAUAGACGUAUGGUGUGUGUCUCAGAUGCCGUGAUCGGGGGGUUGUGGUUGGGGUUACUUUACUAUAUUGUGUAGCGCUCCGCCUGGAGCUCGAG